UCGCCGUCAGUCCAAACUCCAUCAUCAGACGAGGGGUCCCGAACCCUCUUUCACAAGAAUGGCCUUUUUUCUUUGUAGGAACCACAGCUCUUGUCUAGUUUGAAGAAAGAUUUUCUGGAGGGGCGUCGGCCCGUAGUUUCACCCCUUGUUGUCUAUUUCUUUUUUUCUCUGCUUCACCUCAGACCCGGUCUCUAUCUCCCUGCAUGCCCCCUACUCCCUCUCAGCCUUCCUCCUCUUCCUCCUCCUCCUCCUCCUCCUCCUUCUUCCUCUUCUUCUCUGCUCGGCUGUUCUCGGACUGAUUAUUUUUUCUUGGCCGGGAGCAGCAGAGCUGGUGGGAAAGCACCAGGCUAUAUUUGUCGGCCCCUGAGGUGGGACCUGCUUGACGGUGGAUGAUCAUAUCUCGGGGGGGGGGGGGGGGGGUUUACCUGAUCCCACCUGCACGUCCUGCGUCCUCAGCACCUGCUUGGCUCUGAAUAAGGAACUAGUUAAAGACCCCUUGAACUGGACCUCACCUGUGGAACACUUGUGUCAGUCCUGUAUUAUUGGAGCUAAAAGCACUAAUUGGGAUCUAAAGCUCCCGCCAAACUUUGCAGCUCCGCCUCGUUUCCAACAGAAGCCUUAAGUUUUCAGAGUGACUUCUCCUUGGGUGACAAGACCGCCUUGGUCAAGAGUGUUUCAGAUACAGAUGCCAAACUUCUGGCUGUCCUCCCCAAGGUUUCAGAGUUGAAGAAACACUUUGAGGCACCUGUCACAAAGGAUUUGGGAAUGAACAGGAAGGAGCGGGUAGCCCGGCGCCUGGAGGGGAUCGAGACUGAUGCUCCUCCCGCCCUGGUGCCUGGUGGUUUGGUAGCCAACAGAAUGCUCGAGGAGGAUCAACCGCGGUACACCCGCGCCUCAGACCCCUGUGAGCCUUGUGUGAUGGUGAGGCGCUAUAGUCGCGAGGAUUUGGAGGAACCCCAGAAGCAGGUGUCUUCUCCAGACAGAGUACACCGGGUCAAAGGCGGAGUUGGCAGUGGCCGUCCGGAGCCAAAGCUGGUGUACGUCGACCCAGUGAUGUUAUCCACCUCCUCUACACCCACAUCUGGCCCCGCGGACCCCACCAGCCUCAGUUCCAAGGCCGAACGCAUAGCCCGCUACAAAGCAGAGCGCCGCCGCCAGCUAUCAGAGCGCUACGGCAUCCUACUGGAUCAGGAGGCGGACAUUGAUUUCACACCGCGCCACAGGUCCCGCCGAGACCCCGAGACCCCUGGUCGACAGACGACCGCCAGGCGAGACAAAGACAGACAUGAAUCCGAGGAACCGGAACAGGAGCCCAGGCUGCCAUACCGCUCUGGAGUGGGAAAGGUUUACAUGAGGACUCAUCCAGACCCUGCACCUGCAAACACAUCAAGCCCGGCCCACACACAGCAAGCUCCUCCCCCCACACAGGAAAGACCGAGCAGACAUUCGGAGCGGGAAAGAGCAAUGAACAUGGAGAACUACCGGCGUGGAGGAACUCAAGAACGAGUAACCGCUUCAAGAAGUAGAACCCAGGAGCAUCAUCCGCCCCAGCCCCAACAACAACAACAACAACAACAACAACAACAACAACAACAACACCAAGACCCUGCCCACCAGGAGUCAAGCCCCGCCUCCAAAAGGGACUACAGCAUUGCAGCGGUGCCCAACUCUCCUCGCACCGCCCGCCGGGCCUCCCUGCCCUCUACUCGCUACGGCAUAUCACCUGGGGAUUUAUUCAUAGAGCAGCAGGCCCAGAGCAUCCUCAACAGGCAGGGAAUCCGAGUAAGGGAAAAAUUACCCAGGGAUGAAACUGUCCAGAGGCCCCCUGACUGGAGUCCAGACAAGAACCAGGUUAACAGACACUCUGCUCAGGGGAACACUCAGUAUACACCACAGCACUCAGAAUCCACCCAACAAAGGUCUGUUCAUCAGCCUCAGCCCAUCCCAGGGCACCAUCCUGCCCAAGUCCAAACAGCCUACCCUUCCUCUGCUCCUGAGUACCAUCAUCCUGGCCCUGCAGUGGACCUGCAGCCCUAUUUGGCCAUGCCUGCCCCAGUGGCCACUGCCAAACUUCCUGGACCUCCUGAGGUACCACCUCGAAGGAGAGUGAGUGCCGACCAAAUCUAUGCCGCUCACAAGGAAGCAAGAUUAGAGGUUAGACAGGCCCUGAAGGAAGAGCCCCUAACAGAGGGCCUGCUGAAGAGCAGGAAAGCUGUGUUGCCCUCAGAGAUCCGCCGAAGGGAAAAGAGUGUGGAGGACACUCAUAGGGGCUGGCAUGAAGAUAUGGACUGGCAAAACUACAGCCCAGAACAGAGGAGGAUGAGUCGAGGCGAGGAAGACUGGGAUUGGAACCGACCGAGAGAAAGGGGGAGAGAGAGAAAUGUUGAGAGGAUCAGAGAAAGGGAGAGAGAGAAUCUCUCUAGUCUUGACAGCCAAGAGGAGAGAUUAGUUAAAGCUUUGCAGCCGUCCCACUUGUCUGUACACCAGCAACCAAGGCAGCAUCAAUCCUCAGAGACUAUGUUCCACCAAGAACCUCAAAUUCAGCAGCAAGACCCACAAAGGCAGCAUCAGUAUGACAGCUUGAGACAGCCACAAGAGCCUGAAAGACAACAACCCACUCAAAUAAGGCAGGACUAUAAAAUCCAAAAAGAAGAACAUCCAAGUCAGCAGCAAGACCCCCAGAGAAAACAAGAUCCCCAACUAGACAAAGAGUUUGAGCCUCAGAUGGAGCAGCUGCAGGAUCCAUCAGGUCACCAGAGGUUUGACUCUGCAGUCUACCUUCAGAAAACCUCUUCUUUGCCUCAGGCCAAAAACAGAAGCACGGAGAUGAGUGGGGGGCCCAAGCACAAGGUUCGAACCCGCUCCAUGUCAGAUAUAGGUAUAAGCCAGCAUUCUACCAUGUACCGUAUGGAGAGGGCAGCAGCCAACCGGGAGACAUCCAGGGCCAUUCCACCUUCAGGGAUGGCCAACGGGGAGAUGGGUACCCUGGACACCAGGGUGUCGGUAGCACAGCUGCGACACUCUUAUCUGGAGAAUGCCAACCGGAAACCCGAGUUUGAGACUGCUAAAGUAGAUCUCUUGGCAGUGGAGGUAGAUCCAGCUAGCGGCAGUGAUCGAGACAGGGGCGCUCGGAGGCCUCGUCGCUACAUCACUCCAGGAGACAGUCGCAUGUCGGAGAGGUUUAGGACUCAGCCCAUCACGUCCGCAGAGCGCUUCGAGUCCGAUAGGUCACGUCUAAGCCCAUCACAGCUCCAGGAUGCUGAAAUGGAUGAAGAGAAGCUUGAUGACAGAGCCAAGAUGAGCGUGGCUGCCAAGAGGUCCCUCUUCAGGGAGUUGGAGAGGACAUCAGACGGGAGCAUUCCCAAACCACGUUCUCGGAACGCUGCCGUAGAAAGACGUCUAAGACGAGUCCAGGACCGAUCUCACACACAGCCUGUCACCAACAAGGAGGUGGUCAAUGCUUCAAGUGAUGCUGCUGCCACACCGUCACAGACUGUGUGCAUUCACCCGACUGUCACCUGCGUCCCAAGCUCCACUGUAGCCAACACAAGUGUGACUAGCAUCAGCAUCCAGGCGUCCUCGCAGCCGGGCUCAGCGGUGCAGGAGCAGGCGAAGGACGCGGACGAGCGGCGGAAACCCGCUCAAGCCCUCGGGCCGGAGGAGGAAGAUGGCCAGGAGGAGCCUUUCCUGGAUGAACCCGACCUGUCCACCCUCAGCCUGGCUGAGAAGAUGGCCCUCUUCAACCGCAUGGCUCAGACGACGGGCAAGACCGCGGAAGGGGCCCUCCGGGGGGACACCCGCCAGCGCAGGGCCAAUGCCCGUUUUCAGACCCAGCCCAUCACGCAAGGAGAAGUGCAGCAGGAAGACGAACCGCCCGCGACCUCCGCAGAGUGCACCGACGACUUAGAGGGAGAUCAUCUGAAAACCGGUGGGGCGAUCAAAGUGGAGCCUUUGUCGGCCUCCCUGGUUCGAUCUGUGGCCGCGGUCACCUCCCAAGCGGCUGUCACCAUGGUAACCGUGCCGCCAGGCGGCAGCAGCAGUGUCGCCGACGGCGAUGGCGACGACGACGAUGGUCUCUGUGCAGGAAAGUCCACAGCCAUCCCCUACAUCCCUGCCCAACAACAGGCUACCGGCAACGCGGGCAGCCACCAGGAGAGGGCGCUGAGGUACUUCUCCAUGACCCAGAGCGGGGACCCGGGCCACCCCGAGCCCGAGCUCGACUCCUCCCCUCCCCUCGCCGAGAGCCGCGAGAGAGUGGGGGCUCCCGCUGCUCCCGUCCCCUCGGCUGGUCACAGGCAGCAGAGGGAGGCCGUGGAGGAGGGCAGGAGGAGGCAGCCAGAGGAGGAGGGCAGGGGGAGACGGCGGGGUGGAGCCACAGAAGACAGCGUUAAGGAGAAGCUGCACUCCCACGACAAGGACCGGGACGGCAGGCAGCAUCAGCAUCAGCAUCAUCCCCAGCCUCAGCAUCAGCAUCAGCAUCAGCAUCAGCAUCAGCAUCAGCAUCAGCAUCAGCAUCAGCAUCAGCAUCAGCAUCAGCAUCAGCAUCCCCAGCCCCAGCCUCAGCCUCAGCACUCUGCCGCGCCCUCUUCGUGGAGGGGCGAGUCGGAGCCCGUGUCCGGCUGGAGAGCUGCCGACGGAGAUUCCCAGGAGAGCAGAGAGAGAGCGGAGGCAGGCGGAGGAGGAGGGGGAGGAAGAGGAAGAGGAGGAAGCCACCUGAGAGAGGAGCAGGAGCAGGAGCAGGAGCAGGAGCGGAGCAGCGGCCGGAGCCAGGGAGGCGUCUCAGACUUGCCGGAUCACUCUGCAACCCUCAGGCCGCCGGUCGUUAAAGUGUCGUCCAGGACCGUGUGUCACGUGUCGAGCAGCCAAACCGUCAUCCAGUCUCCUCCGACUCCCCGGAAACCCUUUGCGCCGCCGCCGCAGCAGCCCCCUCCCACCCAGCCCAAACCGCCGUCCCUCAUCCAGCCCCCGCCCACGCAUCCCAAGCCUUUGGCCCAGUCCCCUCAGACCCAGCCCAGACCGCAGGGCUUCGUCCAGCCUCUUCCGAAGCCUUACCCACAGACGGCCCCCCAGCCGCCGCCCAAACCUCAGGUGCCUCCGCAGACGCCGCCCAAGCCCCAGUCCCUCCCCAAGGCCCUGGUCAAGUCCCAGUCCCUGCCGCUGCCCCUGGACCCCGGCGAGGACUACAGCAGACACAGUGUCCACUCUGGAGACCUGCUGUCCCCCACAGAGUCCGGGGACCGGCUGUGUGACGGCAUGUCCAGCAAACAGAUGUCUAUCAGGGAGAGAGUGGCUCUGCUGAAGAAGAGCGGCGAGGAGGACUGGAGGAACAGGAUCAACAAGAAGCAGGAAGUGGUGAAGGUGGCGUCCGCCGAGCAGCAGGCGCAGCUAUGGGAGCAGACGGAGCAGACGUGUCAGAAGAAGGAGGAAGGGGUGGUGGUUCAGGACUACUCUGCCGUGUCUGUGUCUGAACAGCUGUGGGAACCCGUGUUCUCUUCCACCUAUUCUCCUCCUAUCUCGCUCGGCCAAAAGUGUCAGUACGUUGACCACCACCGGCAGAGGAGCGGGGAGGAGAUCGAGGCUCAGAUGACCAUCGAGGAGAGGAAGCAGAUGAUCUCGACCCGGGAGGACGCCUGGAGGACGAGGGGCAGGGGAGCGGCCAACGACUCCACCCAGUACACGGUGGCGGCGCGCAUGGUCAAGAAAGGCCUGGCAGCCUCCUCCUCAGUUAUCAGUCCCAUCCUGUCACCAGUCGCCACCAAACUCAAGAGCAACACGCCGGCUGUCGGCAAACCACAAGAGGAAAUUGAAGCGCGGCCAGAAAUGGAAUCGGACAAGAAACUGGACAAGCUGGAGAACUUCCUGGGACGUCUGAAUAGCAAAGUGGCAGGUCUGCAGGAGACCACGAUAACCGUGACCGAGAAGGCCGUGAAGGAGGUGAUGAAGCUGGACGACGAGAUCUUCUCCAAGUUUUACCGGCGCGUCGCCGAGUUCCCACGCUUGCCCACCAGGAUCGAGAUCAGCGAGGACUUCGACAGCAUCUUCGGCUCGCAGGGUCCCAGGUUACCGUCGGCCAUGGUGCAGCACAAGCGCUCGGUGCGUCCGUCCAGGAACGUGCAGUCGUCCAGGAACCCCGUGAAGAUGCUGGCGGCCCGGGAGGACAUCAGACACGAGUACACGGAGCAGAGACUCAACGUGGCUCAGCUGGAGAGCAAGAGGAUGAAGGCUGAGAAGAGCCAGAUGAACAAAACGUCAGAGUACUCCGAAGCUGCUCUCGCAGGUCUGGCCAGUAAAGAAAACUUUGGCAGCGUGAGUCUCCGCAGCGUCAACAUCUCGGAGCAGAUGUCCAACAACAGCGCUAUGCCCUACAAGAAUCUCAUGCUGAUGCAGAUCAAAGGUCGCCGUCACGUUCAGACCAGAUUAGUAGAGCCGAGGGCGUCAUCGCUCAACAGCGGAGACUGUUUCCUGUUGGUUACUCCAGAGCGCUGCUUCGUCUGGAUAGGGGAGUUCUCAAACGUGAUCGAGAGGGCGAAGGCGAUAGACAUGGCCACCUUCAUCCAGACGAAGAAGGACAUGGGCUGCAGGGCGAACCAGGUGCAGACCGUCGAGGAAGGCGUCGACCCGCAGGCCCCGGACCACCAGCACUUCUGGACGAUCCUCGGGGGACAGAUGGCGUACCAACCGGCGGGUCCACCGGAGGAGGACGAGCAGUUCGAGAACGCCAUCGUGGAAACCAACUGCAUCUUCCGUCUGCUGGACGACAAACUGGUUCCCGACGACGACGAGUGGGGGAAGGUCCCUCACAACUCCCUGCUGGCGUCCAAAGAGGUCUUGGUGUUCGACUUUGGCAGCGAGGUGUACGUGUGGCACGGGAAGGAGGUGACGCUCGCCCAGAGGAAAGUGGCCUUCCAGCUCGCCAAGCACCUCUGGAACGGGACGUUCGACUACACCUGCUGCGACGUCAACCCGCUGGACCCCAGCGGCUGCAACGCACUCAUACCCAGGAAGGGCCAGGGCCGUCCCGAUUGGGCGAUAUUUGGCCGGCUGACGGAGCACAACGAGACAAUCUUGUUCAAGGAGAAGUUCGUGGACUGGACCGAAGCGAAGGCGCCGACACCGAAGGAAGGCGGCGAUCUGGUGCCUGAGCUGAAGGAGGCCCCGGGGCGCGAGUGCCGGCCCUACGACGCCACGCUGAUGCUGCCCGCGCUGCAGUCGUCCGUUGCCACCAUCUUGGACGGCGUGAACGUGGGCCGCGGCUACGGCCCCGUGGAGACGGAGGACCGCAUGAGGACGCAGGAGCUCGGCACGGCGUCCGUGGACGUCUGGCACAUCCUGGAGUUCGACUACAGCCGCCUGCCGCGCCAGAGCAUCGGCCAGUUCCACGAGGGCGACGCCUACGUGGUCAAGUGGAAGUACGUGGUCAGCACCUCAGUCGGUCGCAGGCAGAACCCCGAGGCGAGGAGCACCGGACCGGGGAAGGAGAAGUGCUGCUACUUCUUCUGGCAGGGCCGCCACUCCACCGUCAGCGAGAAGGGAACGUCGGCGCUGAUGACGGUGGAGCUGGACGAGGAGCGGGGGGCGCAGGUUCAGGUGCAGCAGGGGAAGGAGCCGCCAUGUUUCCUCCAAUGCUUCAACGGGGGGAUGAUCAUCCACGCGGGCAAAAGGGAGGAGGAGGAGGAGAACACUCAGAGUGAGUGGCGUCUGUACUGCGUGCGCGGCGAGGCACCGGUGGAGGGCCACCUGCUGGAGGUGGCGUGCCACUGCAGCAGCCUGCGCUCCAGGGCCUCCAUGAUCCUGCUCAACAUCAACCGGGCCAUCAUCUACCUGUGGCACGGCUGCAAGACGCAGCUCCACACCCGCGGCGUGGGCAACACGGCCGCGCUCAAGAUCAAGGAGCAGUGUCCUCUGGAGGCGGGUCUCCACAGCAGCAGCAAGGUGUCCAUCCACGAGUGUGACGAGGGGGCGGAGCCUCCAGGCUUCUGGGAGGCGCUGGGCCGGAAGGACAGGAAGGCUUACGACUGCAUGCUGCAAGACACCGGCAAAUUCAACUUCACCCCGCGGCUCUUCCAGCUGAGCAGCACGUCCGGCGAGUUCGUGGCGAGCGAGUUCUUCCACCUGUCCAGAGCUGCCGACCUGGUCAGCUCGCUGCCGUUCCUGCAGGAAGACUUGUACAACGCAGCGCAGCCCGCCUUGUUCCUGGUGGACAACUUCCACGAGGUUUACCUGUGGCAGGGCUGGUGGCCUCAGGACAGCGAGUGCACCGGCUCGGCUCGCAUCCGCUGGGACGCGGACAGGAAGUGCGCGAUGGAGACGGUGCUGCAGUACUGCAGAGAGAAGAACGAGAAGAAGCCUCAGAAGUCGUAUCUGAUCCACGCCGGCCUGGAGCCGCUCACCUUCACCAACAUGUUCCCCAGCUGGGAGCACAGAGAGGACGUGGCCGAGAUCACCGAGGGGGAGGCGGAGGUGUGCAACCAGAUCAUCCUGGUGGAGGACGUGUUGGCCCGGCUCAGUCAGAACACCUUCCCCCUGGCCCAGCUGCGGGCCCGGCCGCUCCCCGAGGGCGUCGACCCGCUCCGCCUGGAGCUCUACCUGUCCGACCGGGACUUUGAGAGAGCUUUGGACAUGCAGAGGGGUGAAUACGAACGUCUGCCAGGGUGGAAGCAAGUGAACUUGAAGAAGGCCAAAGGACUGUUUUAAAAACCAAGAUGGCGUUCGUGGAGUGGAGAGAGACGAGGAUGGAGAGAGAGAGAGAGACAGAGAGAGAGAGAGAGGGGGAUGGAGAUACAGGAAAUGUCACAUUGACCUUUAAAGUGUUAAGACGUGCGAGGACACUGGAGAGAGAGAGAGAGAGAGAGGAGGAACCUUGAAUCUGAAGAGGAGACCUACACUGGACCGGAGAUGCACUCGCCUUUGCUUAUAGUCACGUUUUUUUAACUUCUUCAACCUUGUCGUGGCAAAAAUCUAACUCGAGUGGUUUCUAAGCGAACGGCUAAAAAGAAAGAAACAAACUUUGCUUUCGGUUCAUCACACGGUCGGUGGGACUCGAGUCACCGCUCAUGGACGCUUUGGUGUCAGAGUGCCAUGCUAUGGUUGUGUAUGUGUGUGUGUGUGUGUGUGUGUGUGUGUGACUGUAUAUACUGUUUGUAAUGUAUGUCUACUUGUGUUAAUGUGUGUUUUAGAUGCGUCUGUGACUUUGUAUCUAUGUAAAAGAAAAAAAAACCUCCUGUCACGUCAGGUGUUGUGAGGAGGGUUGUCUUUUCUUUUCUUUUCGUCUUUGUCGUCCACAGCGUCAGGAUGCUGUCCCGGCCACGAAGGGGAACUCUUUUGUGUUUUGCACGGCCGUGUUGAACAGCUGCUGUGACGUCGACGGGGAGAGAAGCAGCCGCUUCGGUGAAUCAGAAUGUAUAGUGCCUUUUGCUUUUUUGUGUACAGUUUAUAUACAGAAAAAAAUUCUAGUCUGCAUUUUGGAAGACUUUCUUUGUGAUAUAAGACAUAGUGAAUUAAAAAGAAAAAUCACGAUAACGCUCAAA